AGUCGCCCCGGCCAUGCCCGAGGAGCUGGCCGCCGGCCCCAGGGAAAGCCCGCGGGCGCCGCGGACGGGCCCCCGCGAGGUGUGGAAGAAGGGCGGCCGCCUGCUGUCGGUGCUGCUGGCCGUGAACGUGCUGCUCCUCGCCUGCACGCUCGUCAGCGGCGGCGCCUUCAACAAGGUGGCCGUGUACGACACCGACGUGUUCGCGCUGCUCACCACCAUGAUGCUGCUGGCCGCGCUCUGGAUCGGCUUCUACCUGCUCCGCACCGCGCGCUGCGCCGACGCCGUGCCCUACCGGGACGCGCACGCGGGCCCCAUCUGGCUCCGAGGUGGGCUGGUGCUGUUUGGGAUCUGCACCCUGGUCAUGGAUGUCUUCAAGACGGGCUACUACUCCAGUUUCUACGAGUGCCAGUCGGCCAUCAAGAUUCUGCACCCUCUCACCCAGGCUGUGUUUGUCGUCAUCCAGACUUACUUCCUCUGGGUCUCUGCUAAGGACUGUGUUCACGUCCACCUGGAUCUGACCCGGUGCGGCCUCAUGUUCACACUCACCACCAACCUGGCCAACUGGAUGGCGGCCGUGGUGGAUGAAUCCGUGCACCAGGCCCACUCCCACAGCAACGCCAGCCACGCCCGCCUGGCUGCCAACCCAGAGCGCGUGGGCAGCCAGGCCGGAGGCGACUGCGCCUGCGCCACGACCGUCUGCCAGAUCUUCGAGCGAGGCUACUUCUACCUGUACCCCUUCAACAUCGAGUACAGCCUCUUCGCUUCCACCAUGCUCUACGUCAUGUGGAAGAACGUGGGCAGGCUGCUGGCCUCCUCCACCCACGGCCACGGCCACGGCCACACCCCAUCCCGGGGCAGCCUCUUCCGGGAGACAUUCUUUGUGGGCCCCGUCCUGGGCCUGAUGCUCUUCCUGGUGGGGCUGGCCGUCUUCAUCAUCUAUGAGGUCCAGGUGGGUAGGGACGGGGACCACACCCAGCAGGCCCUGGUCAUCUACUACAGCUUCAACAUCGCCUGCCUGGGGCUCAUGACCUUGGUCAGCCUGAGCGGCUCGGUCAUCUACCGUUUUGACCACCGGGCCAUGGACCACCAUAAGAACCCCACACGCACCCUGGACGUGGCCCUGCUGAUGGGCGCCGCCCUGGGCCAGUAUGCCAUCUCCUAUUACUCUAUCGUCGCCGUGGUGGUGGGCGUGCCCAGGGACACGCUAGGGGCACUCAACCUCGCCCACGCACUGCUCAUGAUCGCCCAGCACACCUUCCAGAACGUGUUUAUCAUUGAGAGCCUCCACCGGGGCCCGCCAGGGGCUGAGCCCCACGACGCCCCUCCCAAGGAACCCUGCCUUACCUUCGCCAACCCGGACGCCCUCCACGCUUUGCCAACCUGCCCACCCACCCCCAGGUCGGUGAGCCCCGGCCUGGUGGGCCCUCAGGAAGCCACGGCCACCUUCCUGGCCCCCCGGGCCCACUGGAGACGCCGAUGCCUGAAGGACAUUUCUCUGUUUCUUCUGCUCUGCAACAUCGUCCUGUGGAUCAUGCCCGCCUUCGGGGCCCGCCCUCACUUCAGCAACAAGGUGGAGGUGGACUUCUACGGCUACUCCCUCUGGGCCGCCAUCGUCAACAUCUGCCUGCCUUUCGGCAUCUUCUACCGCAUGCACGCGGUCUCCAGCCUGCUGGAGGUCUACGUGCUGGCCUGAGGCCGCCGCAGACACGCCCACCCAGAGACCCCCAGGAGUGAGCCCCAAGCUGGCACAUGACCCCUCGUACCCCCGCUGGCCCCAGAGUGGAAUUUUCACAAAAGCUAUUUUUUCAGGAUGUUUUUAAAUUGCAAUCGGGACAUGCUCAGCCACCUGGCAUGACCCUGGUGCAUGGGGCUACGGGGCAGGGACACCUCUCCCUAAAGCGUUUCUAGAAGCAGGUAAGAUCAGGAAGUGUCCCUGGCUUUGGCUCCGCCCCUAAUCCCAGCCCUGUGACCUGGCCAGUGCUGCUGCCCGGAGCUGGGAACCAAUAAACCUGCAGUUCGCGCCCUGUCCCCCACUUCUUGUGUCAGCCACCCCAUAUGACAUGAUCACAGGAGAGGAUCUUGGGGGUCUGAGCUGGAGAUUUUCAGGUCUUCAGCUUUUCAGUGGUUGAACCAAGUCUGAGUUACAAACCAAGUACAGACCAUGACCUGGUGGCGGGACAGAGUCCCCAGCUGCCCCUUCUUCCCUGUGUCCUCAAGGGAACACAUUUUGCACGUGUCCCGCAACACAGGAAAGGUGAGGAAUACGGACCUCGUCCACCACCAUUUUCCAAAGAACGAAUCUAAGGCCCAGAGAGGUCAGGGGACUUGCCCAAGUCACACAGCCAAAGAGGGCCAGAGCCUGUGUACUAAGAAUAAUAAUUUUCAAACAGCAGAGCAUUCCCCCACAAGUAAACUAUUUCAGGAACCCAAACCUCUAACAUAGGCAUGGAUAGGGCUGUUCUGGUUUAACAGGAGUUGGGGAUACAGACCUUCACCCCCUGGGCCUCCUCUUCCUCAGCACCCCACUCCCUGGGGGUCCCUGAGACUCCUCUACAAAAGGUAGAGAGAUGGGCUCAGCAGGGAGAGGGACUGAGACCCAGGAGCUGGAAGAGGGGGAAGGACUGGUGGCCAACUGAGUCCGGUGGGGCCACA